UGUACCCCAGCCAGCUGCUGCAGCUAUUCAGAGACACUAUAAUGAUGAAGACCCUGAGAAAGAAAAACGAAUAAAGGAAUUAGAAUUGCUACUAAUGUCGACUGAGAAUGAACUGAAAGGGCAGCAGGCAUUACCAACUCAGAAUCACACUUCAGAUUAUCCAGGAUGGCACAGCACCACGAUUGCAGACAAUACCAGAACCAGCGGUAAUGGUGCAGCCAUUUCCUCUUUGGGGGAGCAUCACUGCACUGCAUCCCCACCCAUGGACCAUGGCUGCUUGCCUGAAGAAAGUGCAUCCCCUGCAAGGUGCAUGAUUGUUCACCAGAGUAACUUCCUGGAUAAUGUUAAGAAUCUCUUAGAAUUUGCAGAAACACUUCAGCUAAUAGAUUCCGAUCUGUCGUCAUGGGGUGAUCUCAGCAGUUUUGAAUUCUCAGAAACAUCAAAUGCUUCACCUACACAGGUUCCCUCAGACAGAACCCCACAGCUUCAGAAAACAGACAGCAGUGUGUGUAGGCCUGAAGGACACCCUCUUGCAGACUUGAGCAAAGCCAUGUUGAGUCAGGAUUCCUUUGCCUUACCAAAGUCCUUGACUGGCUCCAAAUGUGGCCCAGCUCCAUUGGUCAUUCUGCGUGCAAAGAGAAGCCAUUCCAUGAACCAUUUAGCCAAUGGUCAUAAUAAGUCCUUCAUUCUUGCUGAAGUCAGCAGCUCAACUCCUAAGCAUUCCCCUGUCAAAAGCCUGCCUUUCUCUCCUUCCCAGUUCUUCAGCACUUCUUCUAUCCAAGAAAGUCUGGAUCUGGACAAUCCCAUUUUAAGUUCCACUCCACUGUGUAAUCACAAAGUCGGUACAACACCUCUUCAAAAAGACCAAGGAUUUAAGAGCCAGAAAGAAAAUAAUUCGUAA